AAUGUACGUAAUCAAUGUACUUCCGGUUUUGGCUGGAGGUUUGUCCAUUGUCGAUUGAAAUGUCUGUGUGAAAGUUUUAUCUUCUUAUGGUGUUUGUCCACCAGGAAAUUUCACAAUUUUAAGCAUUUCUAAGAGAGGUAAAUAAUUUAGAGAGCAUCUGAAGCGUAACCUAAAGCCGUCCACUGUUCAUAGCAUGUAGCGUGGACCAGCCAGUUCCAGUUUUUGCAGAGGGAAAAUGUGGUCUCACUUUUAGACCAGAGAGCGCAAAGAUAAAGUUUUCCACUGAGUACCUGGCUCAAGGAAGAUGGAAAUGGAACAACAGGACUGUGGUACAGCAGACCAGACUGUUCCAGAUUCACCGAAAUCCCAACAAGAGGCAGGGAAUACAGAUGUGAUGUACCAACAUGAAAGUGGACUGUUGGUUAAGAAUAUGGAAGUUGAGACACCAGAACAGAAAGUGGAUAAUGAUGUUUCUGCAGACACCGUCCAAUGUGAAGCCUCAUCAGUUGUGACUAGUGAUGCUGACAAGGAAGAAAAUGUUCCAGAUGUGGUAAACACAAUAUCAGAAAUAGUGGAUCCUAACUUGGAAGUGUCCACAGAUCCUGUCGAUGAUGGUCUAAUAAACGAAAUAGCCAAGAAAGUGGAUACUGAGGACAGGAUGACUUUCUGCAUUGAGAAACCUGCUGAGUCUCUCUUGCCCGUCACGUCUCAAGGAGAGAAGAUAGAGGAGGUCCUAGUCGUACAUCCAGUGUGUGCUUUCGCACGCCCUGUUAAUAUGGAGUAUGAUUUAAUAGAGGAGACAGAUGUCAUGUCUGAACUAGCCAAAGAAGUCCAACAUAAAGUAAAUGAUGCACAGGAGAAUUCCGCCUCUGGUGAUGAUUCUGCAACAGCAUCUAAUGAGGAGGAGAAAGGGGAAAAGAUGCCAUCAAGUGAAGGAGAUAAAGUGAAUGGAAACUCUGGAGAAGUUGUAACUGAUGAAGGUAUUGCUCCUGUUGUAGAGCAAGUUGUUAGAAGAAGCCAGAGGGUAUAUAAUUCUUUAGUGGGGCCUGAUUAUGCUGUGAAAGUUGUGGCCCCACUUCCUCUGUAUAGAAAAAGUGCACUUCCUGCAGAAACUUCAGUGGUGGACAGUGCAAGAAAAAGACCAAAGCCAGUAGUUGCUCUGAAAACUAAGAAAAGUCAACUAAAGAGUGGUAGAAGGCCAGUCUCUGCCAAGUCGGAUGUGAGCAGAAGGACACCAGUGCGUAUGGAAAGCUUAAAAAUGUGUAAUCCUACAACUUCCCGUGCUUCAACUGUAGUAUCAACAGCAUACCGCAAAGAUGGAAAAGGUGUCAAAAAACUGCCAAAGUUUUUGUCUCAGUUUGGUGUAAAUUCAAAUGGUGCAGAGAAAACAGAUGUAAAGAAGACAGUUCCUAAAAACAGAGGUAACACAAGCUUAGCGGAUGCAGAAUCGGGCAGAAGUGCAACACCUGAUAAACCUUUAGCAAAGUCAGCUUCCACAGCAAGUUUGAUUAGAAAACUGAAGAUGAAGGAUGGAAGUGAGGUUCCAACUCCUAGGCGCAGUCAGAGAAUUUAUAACUCCUUAAAUGGACCGGAGGAAGCAGUGAAUGUUAUCACACCUACAACUCGGAACUGCAGGCCCAAUGAUGAAGUGGUGUACAACUCCUUGGUGGGAGAAGAGAGGGACGUCAAGCUGGAAAUCCCAAACAUUAGGAAGAGAAUUAUCAAGAAGCCUAAACCAGCAGACAAAAUGAAAAAGACAAGGAUGUCGUCUGAUGAGGAAGGUAACCCUGGUCAAGGCUAUGGCAAGUUUGAUGGGUCACUGGCAGAGUCCCAUUCAGGGAUACCACUGGCUACUCGUAUAGCACAUGAAUUUUCCCAAACAGCAGACGCAGGUGAAAAAAGAAGAUCCACACGCUCUCAGUCCAAAACAGAGGAGAAGGAACAAUCAGAGGAAGACAGUGUUGACAAAAUUAAUACAGACUCUAUUACGUCUGCUUCCCCUCCCAGUGAGGCCAGCGUUCUAGUCGCCUCCUCUUACUAUACCACGAAGAGGGGCACCCAAACAGAAGUCACUUAUUCAACACCAUCUACACUUUCGUAUUCAACAGCUUCGAAGAAAAGACCCGCAAUGUCUGCCUCUGUUCAAAAGACUGGCACCACACAAAGAAAGCAGAACCUCAAAUCAGCUUCUAGUAGGCCAAGUUCAACCACCUCGGGAACUUCAGUAGCUUCAGAGAGGUCUCUGCGGUCCUGCACAAAGACAGCUAAGGGUUCUGUGGACACUGAAAAAAGCAGUACUCAACAGAAGGAAGAGUCACCUGCAACAAAAUCUGCUUCGCUGAAAAAGUCCAGAUCAAGCAGCAAACUUAACUAACAAGAGCUUAUGAAGCCAGUGCUUUUCCUGUUGGCUUUUGUGGCAUUUCAAGUGGCAUGUUUUAUACUUAAUGUUUCAUACUUUUUUGAAGAACUGCAGUAGUUUUAAUUCCACCAUUAGAAUGGAAAUUCAGGCAGUUUUACCUUCUGAUGGAUUGAAUGCUUUAGUAGAUAAACAUUACACCUAUUCAAAAUAUUAAAAACAAAAAUGAAAACUGGUACCUGUAUAUAUAUCUUUCAAAUGGUACUGUACAGACUAUAUUGAUUGAUGUUCACAUACAUUAUCACAGAAAAUUCAGAAAUAAAAUUGAUGUGUUUAA